AUGCUGGCCACCGCCAGCAUGGACGAGGGCGAGGGCCCUAGCGUGGAUCUGGACAACGAGGCCGCCCCCGGCCAGACGGUGCUGCGGGUGACCGGCCGGCGGGACGCCGCCUCGCUGGCGCGCGUGGCCCAGGUGCUGGCAGACCAGGGCAUGUCCAUCCGCUCCGCGGCCAUCGGCAGCCAGGGCGGCGGCGACGUGUACCACCUGACCACACGCGCCGGCGGCGCAGUGGCGGCCGACGCCUGGCCGCCGCUGCGCGACGCGCUGCUGCGUGUGCUGCUGCACACCACGCGCUCCAGCAAGCCCAGCAUCCACGGCGCGGCGGUGGACGUGGACGCGCGCGCGCUCAAGGCCGUGGCCUCCGAGGCCGAUGCGGCGGCGCUGGAGAGCGCGGCGCGCGAGAUGGCCGCCGCCGCCGAGGCGCUGGUGGGCGUGGAGCGGGAGAUCAUCGCUGCGGGGGAUGAAAGCCAGCGGUACGAGGCCUCGGCCCUGCUGGAGCGGCGCAUGGCGGCCAUGGAGGCCAUCCUGACCAGCCGGCGGGAGCUGCUGGAGCGCGCGCUGCAGUCCUCGGUGGCUGUCCCCGACUUUGUCAAGCCGCAGACGGUGCAGACCACGGGCCCCGCUGCGGGCAACGGAUAUGAGAUCAUCCUGCAGGCCUUCAACUGGGAGUCGUGCAAGGAGGCGUGGUGGAAGAAGAUGGCGGCUCUGGCCCCCCGCGCGGCCGAGGUCGGGUUCACCUCCGUCUGGCUGCCGCCGCCCUCGGACGCGGUGUCGCCGCAGGGCUACCUCCCUCGCGACCUCUACGACCUCAACUCCAAGUACGGCAGCGAGGCGGAGCUGCGCGACUGCAUCGCCGUCGCGCAUGAGGUGGGGCUGAAAGUCAUCGCCGACAUCGUCAUCAACCACCGCUGCGCACACUACCAGGGGGACGAUGGCAAGUGGAACAAGUUUGGUGGGCGCCUGGCUUGGGACAGGACGGCCAUCUGCUCCAACAACCCGGCCUAUGGGGGAAAGGGGGCGUGGAAGAAGACCGACGACUACCCUGCAGCGCCCAAUCUGGACCACACCAACGAGAGGGUCCACAAGGGCCUGAUCGAGUGGAUGAACUACCUCCGCAACUCCAUCGGCUUUGAUGGGUGGCGCUUCGACUACGUCAAGGGAUACGAGGGGCGCUUCGUUCGGGACUAUGUGGACGCCACGGUCCCCCAGAUGGCGUUUGGGGAGUACUGGGACACCUGCUCCUACACCGAUGGCGUGCUCAACUACAACCAGGACGCGCACCGCCAGCGCACCGUCGACUGGUGCGACGCCACCGGGGCGACCGCGGCGGCCUUCGACUUCACGCUCAAGGGCAUCCUGCAGGAGGCCGUCACGCGGCGCGAGUACUGGCGCCUUAUCGACUCGCGUGGACGGCCGCCCGGCGUGCUGGGCAUCUGGCCCUCCCGCGCCAUCACCUUCCUGGAGAACCACGACACGGGGUCCACGCUGCAGCACUGGCCCUUCCCCUGGGAGCACGCGGCGCAGGGGUACGCCUACCUGCUGACCCACUGCGGCACGCCCUGCGUGUUCUACGACCACAUGUACUACGACGUCGAGCUGCGGGAGCACAUCACCAAGCUCAUCGCCAUCCGCAAGCGCUUCCGCAUCAACAACAAGUCGGAGGUCAAGAUCCACAAGGCGUACGGCGACCUCUACUCCGCCAUCAUCGACAAGAAGGUGGCGAUGAAGAUUGGGCCGGGGGAUUGGUCCCCCACCUCCGACAAGGUGGACGUGGGCCAGAAGGAGUGGAAGCUGCUGCAUUCGGGCCCCAAUUUUGCCGUCUGGGAGGCCGUGCUCUGA